AUGCUUUAUAACUAUGACCACCUGAUAGCUUGGUGUACAUCUGACACCACAUCAGUUGGACUUGUCGAUUUAAGGACCGAGCAAGUAUAUUCGAAUAGACACGUCAAGAAGUCAUGUAAUAUACCUUUACAACAACUGCCUGUUCGUGUGUUUGAGCUACCACCAAGAGGUAAUAAUAUAGCCUUGCUCUAUCCAUACAAUGGAGCAUUGUUGUCACAACCAACAAUUGAAGCUUGCAAAGAACUAGUGGAUACUCUUGUCAAUCGCUCAGGAUAUAUAGUAGAUUUUGUCUGCUAUUUGAAUGAUGACGUUGACACAAGUCUCGGCAAUGAAGAAGAGUUGUGGUGCAACGUAGCCAAACAUGGUUACCUCGAAGUUGGUCAAGUGUCAUCAUUUCUUUGGAGGCCAUGUUCAUAUCUAGAGCAAUACAUCGAUCGCAUUGAACAACUGCUUCUGAAAGAGAACGACACAAAAGAUAUAUCCACCACAUACAGUGCAUUGGAUCUAGGAUGUGGCUCUGGACGCGAUGCUCUCUUCUUAUGCAAGAGAGACUUUGAUUGGAAUACAGUGGCUGUCGAUCAUGAUCCUAUCCUCCUUUCAAAGAUACAAUCUGCCCUUGUUCGAUAUGGAAUCGAGAGCACAUCUCUGCGUUGUGAGAAUAUUGAUUUAGAGCCUGUAUAUGUCGAUCCAGCUAAACAAGAUAUGGAUUUCACCAACCGUCUCUCCAAUGACGGUCAAUAUUCACUAGUUGAACUGGAGCUUUUGAUUUCACUACAAGAGAGACUGCGAUCGUUGUCACCAUCCAAACAUGGCUUCCAUUUCAUCAACGUCGCACGUUAUCUAUAUCGCCCACUGCUGCCCAUCAUCGACGAGUUGGUACUACCUGGUGGAUUCUUGUUGUUCCACACGUUCAUGCUGCCAUCCAAGGGCAAACCGAAGCGUCCUCGAUACCUGCUCAACUACAACGAACUAAAGUUAAGGUUCUCUCGUAACUUUGAUAUUGUGGAGUAUCAGGAGACUGUACUUGAAGACUCUCGACCUAUCCAAAUAUUGUUGGCAAUGAAGAAAAAGAAUAAUAAAUGA